GCAAAGUCCAAACACAUGUGCUUUAAUUGUUUGAGACUUGGCCAUGGAGUGAACGCUUGCACAUCGAAGUCAUCUUGUAAGCAUUGCAAGCGCCGACAUCACUCACUCUUGCACUUCGACCAACGUAACACUAAGGACAAGGAUGACCCACAGCAACAUCAGCAGGAUGAUUCAAAUGAGGCACCAGGUGCUAGCACAGUAGUAGCACUGACGAACGCCGUUAAUACUUCAAAAGGUGGCAAGGGUGCAAAUAUGAGAAGUACACUGCCAACGGCGCAGGUGUAUGUGCGCAAUUCUCGAGGACAAGACGUUGUUUGCCGCAUAUUGUUGGACUGCGGCUCGGAGUUGUCCUACGUUUCGGAACGGUGUAUCCAGACAUUGGGUCUGGCCCGUUCACACUCUCGCAUCUCUAUAUCUGGAAUAUCAUCAAUCAAGGCAGAAACAACAAGAGGGCUCUGUUCACUACAUAUCAAGUCGCGAGUGUCAGAUGCAUCUCUUGUGGUCAAGGCACACGUGCUUGGAAACAUUACUUCGACACUGAUGAGAGAAACUAUAAAUGCAGCAGACCUCUCUAUGUUUAGCGGCCACACCCUGGCAGACGCCGCAUUUAAUACCAACGCUUCAAUCGACAUUUUGCUUGGUAACGAUCACAUUUGGACGGUUCUUACUGGAGAUAAGCUGUGUAAUCUUCAGGGGAACACAAUUGCUAUUGAUUCAAUAUUUGGAUGGAUCAUCACAUCAGUGGCAGGAGCGUGUACAACCACAACUACGUCACUCCUAGCUACCAUGGACAUCAACACAUUGUUGCAACGGUUUUGGGAACUGGAAGAACUUCCAUCGUUCACGUCUGCCAAUAAAGAAGAUGAGUUAGUGGAGACUCAUUUCGUCCAAACACACUCCCGUAAUGCCGAAGGGAGAUACAUCGUCGAGCUACCAUUCAAGCAAGGGAACCCAGAGUUUGCAGACACCUAUCAUGGAGCCAAGUCUCGCUUCUUGGCAGUUGAGCGUCGUUUAAUGAGGGAUGCAGCUUUACGAUCGAAGUAUGUGCAAUUCAUGAGGGAGUACAUACAACUGGAUCACAUGAAGGAGGUGGAUGCAGAAGAAGACGCCACUUCGAAGAAGGUUUUCUACAUGCCGCACCAUCCAGUGCUAGGGGCAAAGCUGCGUGUGGUAUUUGAUGGCUCAUUUCAAGACCAAGAUGGUCGGUCUCUAAACGAUGCGCUUCAUAUUGGUCCAUGUAUACAACGCAAUCUCUUCAACGUAUGCAUGAGGUUUCGAAUGCACAAGUUUGUAUUUUCGGCUGAUAUUGUGAAGAUGUUUAGACAAAUUUUGGUUGCAUCUAAACAUCAGGACUUUCAACGAAUAUUAUGGAGAGAACAUCCGUCAGCACCAUUGAAACACUUCAGACUCUGCACAGUUACAUACGGGACUGCGUCUGCGCCAUUCCUCGCAGUCCGGGUGUUAGAACAACUUGCCAAGGACCACGAGAAUGAGUUUCCUAGAGCAGCUAAGAUAUUACUUGAGGAUUUCUACGUGGACGAUGUAUUAACAGGAGCCAUGACAGAGGAAGAACUUAUUGACAUUCAAACUGAGCUGGUUGCACUCAUGUCACGUGCGCAACUGGAAUUGGGAAAAUGGAUCUCAAAUAGCACACGACUAUGCACCGCGCAAGGUGAUAGAGUCAACAUGUCAACAGCAACAUCAAAGGUACUAGGACUACAUUGGGAUCCUGGAGAAGACAACCUUGCAUACAACAUUGUAUUAUCGGAAACUGCAAGCUGCACAAAGCGACAAGUGCUAUCCGAUGUAGCACACAUUUUUGAUCCUCUGGGCAUUUUGGCACCAGUGGUAGUCCAAUUCAAGAUUCUACUGCAAGAACUUUGGUUGCUUGAUUUGGAUUGGGACUCUGAACUUCCGAUGAAACAGGCGCACUCUUGGCAGAUGUAUCGCAAGGACAUUUCGUCGCUACAACAGCUCAAGAUACCUCGCUUCAUAGACAGUCACAUGGAUCACAUCGAGUUACAUGCAUUCUCAGACGCUUCGCUUAAGGCAUACUCUGCGGUCGUCUACAGCAGAGUUGAGUAUAGUGACGGCUCUAUAGGAGUAUAUCUUGUUGCUGCUAAGACUCGCGUCGCACCUUUAAAACUAGCAACGCUGCCACGCCUCGAACUGUGUGGAGCUCUACUGCUGACUAGACUUGUUAAGGCAAUUCAAGCUAGUUUGGGCAAGAAGGAAGUGAAGCAUUGCAGCAACGACCAAAAUGGUCUACCAAGAUGCCUAACAUAUCCCUUGGAGACAUUGUACUCAUCAAGGAUUCGCAUACGCCUCCAGCAACAUGGAACUUAGGACGCGUAAUCGAAGUGUACCCAGGAGAGGAUGGAUUAGUACGGGCAGUUAAACUCAAGGUCGUUUCUGGAGAGAUUAUACGACCCAUCACGAAGAUAGCAGCUCUACCACAUUCUGAAACGGAGUUUCAGGGGGGGCCGGGAUGUUGAGGAACCAUUUGUCAUUUUUUUGCACAUUUAUCAUUUUUUAGCAUAUUUGUCAUUUUUUAGUAUAAUUUGUAGCUUUCAUUAUUAUCGGCGAAUGAAGAGCCGCAUCGAGAUCAAUUAUCGGUUAAGUCGAUAAACUUAUGUUAGUAUUCAGUAAGCAAACGAACGGACAAGUUGAGCGUACCAGCAAUUGGCUGUUAUAGUUCAUAUAAAAUAAAGAAAUGUUUAAUUAUU